UCAGAAUUAUUGAUGGCAGUCGCAGUUGCCGUUUUUGUCGCGGUGACAAGUUUUGUUUCUGCAGAAACGUACGAGAUUCCAACGGAAUGUCCAAAUUCGUUGAACGAAACCACAUUGCUCGCUCACGAAUACGAUUGUACCAAAUAUUACAAGUGCUUCAACGGACAAAAACAAUCUAUGGAUUGUCCAGUAUUUAUACCAGGCCAUAAGAAAUAUUUUGACGUUGUAUCUCAAUCUUGCAUUCUACCAUGGAAAUCGAAAUGCGUAUCCCAAGCGUUCGAUUGUUUUACGGAUGGUUACGUACAAUCCCAUCCUUACAACUGCAGUUUAUACUACGUAUGCACGAACGGUGAAAAAGUUGAAAACUCGUGCAAAGAAGGAGAGCUGUUCGAUUCUAAAAGUAUGAAAUGCGUGGCUAAGGAGAAGGCGACGUGUAACGUUUAUCAGAAUACAUGCCCAAAUGGUAAAUUUGGUCCUGUAUUCUUGCCCCACGAAUGCAAAUGUCAAUCUCUAUAUUACGAAUGCAUCGAAGGAGAAUUCAUAGAAAAACAUUGCCAGAAAGGUAAAGAUUUCGAUGUUGAAACUGGGAAAUGCGUUUUAUCUCAAAACGUGGGAUGCAACGCGACGACUACAACCAACGAUUGUCCUGCAACCGGUAUCGCAUAUAUUCCCGACAAAUUCGAUUGCAGUUCGUAUUACGUAUGCAAGAAUGGCGUGAAAAGCAAGAAAGUUUGCGACUUUGGAUUGUCUUACAACGAGGAACGUUCCAUGUGCACUUGGCCACCGAGUAGCAUGUGCUCUUCGAAAUUGUUAAAACCAAAGAAGGCUACACCCAAUGCGAUCGAGGAGGUUAUUAGUCGAAAAUGUCCGCCGAAGGGAUCAGAGGAGAAAGCUGUGAAAUUUCCCCACGAAUGCUCUUGUGCCAUUUAUUACGAGUGCAACGAUGGACAAUUGCUUCGUGAAACAUGUCCGAACGGUCUGAUUUACGAUUACGUUCGAGAAGUUUGCGAUUAUCCGUAUCGUGCCAAAUGUGCCAAAAAGCAAAAGUUCAAUUAUAAUUUUGCGCGCGCAAAUUCUGAAUGUCCACCAACUGGUCAUGCACGUAUACCUCAUGAAACAAAAUGUUCCUUAUAUUACGAAUGCAAUAACGGUAAGAAACGUCUCCAAUCGUGUCUACAAGGACAUUACUUCAACCCUUUAAUCGAAUCGUGCGACUUACCCUGGAAUACAAAUUGUAACAAUUCGCCAAUUGGACCUCCAUCUAACGAUUCUAAUUCAACUUCCGAAUGCACGGAAUGUGGUUGCAACAAUUGUAUUACUCGAUUUCCCGAUCCUCAAAAUUGUUCCCUGUAUUAUCAAUGUGAAAAUGGUGAAAAAGUUUCAAAGGCAUGCCCCGAACACUUUUAUUACGACAGUGUGAAUCAGAUUUGUGAUUUUCCGAAUAACGUGGAUUGUAAACAGAAAUGUAAAGAAGGGGAGAAACAACAGCACGAAUGUCAGUGCAAUAAAUAUUACGAAUGCAUAGACGGACAACAAGUGCUUAAAACGUGUCCGAAUGGACAAUACUUUGAUCGGAAGAAAAAAAUAUGUGUAGAAAGUCAUACGUGUCCUGGCCAAGUAGACAUUGGUUGUAUCGGUACUUGCUCGUCGUUUCAUUCCACGGAAUAUUUGCUUCAUAAAGAUUGUGACAAGCAUUGCGUAUGCGAAAAUGGAUCUCCCUAUAUUGUUAAUUGCCCUAAGAAGCAGGUCUACAAUCCAAAGAGUCAAACAUGCGACUGGCCAGAAAACGUGGCUAAUUUGAUGUGCGAUCCUUUUCCGUGCGAUUCCAAUUCCAAGGAAGAUUAUCUUCCUCAUGAAUGCCACUGUGAUAAAUAUUUCGUAUGCAGAAAUGGAAUGAAAUACCGCGAAAAUUGCGGAGAAGGAAAAUACUUUGAUUAUGAAAAAGAAAUUUGUGUUAAUAUUAAUCAAGUCCAUUGUUAUCGUGGUAAAAAACUAAAAUCAGAAUCAUAACAUGCAACAGAACAUGUAUAGUUUAUAAUUCCACAUAUAAUUCUUCAUAGCUUCAUAAUUGCAUUACAAUGUUGUAAAUGGACUAUGACCAGGACAGAGGAUUGACCUGAGAACAUACAAAAUUUAUCGCAAAUUAUUCGAACGCAAUGAAGAAAGAAAAUUUAUCUCAUGAAUGUAACUAUAUUGUAAUAUCAUGCAUGUCAAAAAUGUGACAAAGGAUUAUACUUUGAUUGAUAUGUAUUUUCAAACAUGAAGUAGAGAUCGAUUCUUGUUAUUAUGAACGAUUUUGGAACGAUAUAGAAAUCGAUAUAGGAUAUAUCGAUAUUUAUCCGCAAUUCAAUUCUACCAAAUCUCUUCACUUGCAUCAUCAAAAUUGUACAUAAUAUUGCGUUCUUUAUAUCAGAACAUAUUACAACGAAUAAGAAAACAAAUAUAAAUUUUCAAUUGUAAUUAGAAAGAAUAAAAAAAAGUCACGUCAA